GCGUGACCAACAGAAGUGUGUGAAGUUCACGCCGAUGUGUCAUCAGAUGGUUCAGUCCGAGGAUGGCCGCUGCUGUCGGUGUAAAUAAACAGGCGAGCGCAGCGUCGAUGGAGCCGUGUGUGAGACACGGUCGCGGUACAGCCGCUAAUGCGGUGAAGGUGCUGGAGUGCGGUGUUUGCGAGGAUGUGUUCUCACUGCAAGGCGACAAGGUGCCGCGGCUGCUGCUGUGUGGACACACGGUGUGUCACGACUGCUUGACCCGUCUGCCUCUUCACGGCAGGGCAGUUCGCUGCCCCUUUGACAGACAGGCCACGGAGCUGGGAGACUCGGGUGUGUGGGGCCUGAAGAAGAACUUUGCUCUGCUAGAAUUGCUUGAACGGCUGCAGAAUGGGGCCAGCAAUCAGUCAGGCAUGUCGGAGGAUGUGCUUCGUGAGAUGGGCGAGUGCAUAAUCCGCUGUGAUGAGGACGAGACUCACACUGCUUCCGUGUACUGCACGGUUUGUGCCACACACCUGUGUGCCGAGUGCUCCCAGCUCACCCACUCCACCCGAACGCUGGCCAAACACAGGCGUGUGCCGCUGGCAGACAAGCCCCAUGAGAAGAUGCUCUGUCCACAGCACCAGGUGCACGCCAUUGAGUUUGUCUGCCUGGAAGACGGCUGCCAGCCGGGGCCGCUCAUGUGCUGCGUGUGCAAGGAGUACGGGAAGCACCAAGGACAUAAGCAUACUGUACUAGAGGCUGAAGCCAACCAGAUCCGAGCAUCCAUCCUGGAUAUGGCCCACUGCAUCCGUACAUUCACAGAGGAAGUGUCCGAGUACUCCAGGAAACUAGUGGGCAUCGUGCAGCAGAUUGAAGGAGGAGAGCAGAUCGUGGAGGACAGCAUGGGCAUGGCUCACACUGAACAUGUACCAGGAACCGCCGAGAGCGCCCGGUCUUGCGUGCGUGCCUAUUUUGCGGAUCUACACGAGACGCUGUGCCGUCAGGAGGAGAUGGCUCUGAGCGUGGUGGACGCACACGUGCGAGAGAGGCUGAUCUGGCUUCGACAGCAGCAGGAGGACAUGACCAUACUGCUGUCACAGGUGUCCACUGCCUGUCUGCACUGCGAGAAAACACUGCAGCAGGAUGAUUGCAGGGUGGUUUUGGCGAAACAGGAGAUCAACCGGUUACUAGAGACGCUGCAGAAACAGCAGCAGCAGUUUACAGAGCUGGCCGACCACAUUCAACUGGAUGCAGGCAUCCCUGUUACUUUCACAAAGGACAACCGUGUUCACAUUGGUCCAAAAAUGGAGAUCCGGGUUGUGACUUUGGGCUUAGAUGGAGCUGGCAAAACUACUAUUCUCUUCAAACUGAAGCAAGAUGAGUUUAUGCAGCCCAUACCAACCAUAGGUUUUAAUGUAGAAACUGUUGAGUACAAAAACCUGAAAUUCACCAUUUGGGAUGUGGGUGGAAAACACAAACUCCGUCCACUAUGGAAGCACUACUAUCUGAACACACAAGCGGUGGUGUUUGUGAUUGACAGCUGUCACAGAGACCGGCUGAUGGAGUCUCACAGUGAACUGGCCAAACUGCUGACAGAGAAAGAGCUCAGAGAUGCUCUGCUGCUCAUCUUUGCCAACAAACAGGAUGUUCCCGGCGCGGUGUCUGUGGAGGAGAUGACGGAGCUCCUGAGCUUACACAAACUGUGCUGCGGCCGCAGCUGGCACAUCCAGGGCUGUGACGCCCGCAGCGGCAUGGGUCUACACGAGGGGUUAGACUGGCUCUCACGUCAGCUGGUGGCCGCAGGAGUUCUGGAUGUGGCCUGAGGGACGCUUAACCACACCUAAUAGACUUACGACUUAAAACUCAAGCCGGUCCAUGCCAUUUGCACCCUGUCACCCUGCUCAUGUUUACCCACAGUACCACGUCAUACCAUCAUACAUUAGUAGACUUGCUGCUGUGUGCGCUCGUGGCUCAAUGGUGUACAUAAGUGGAGCUUAAAUAGGAGUGAUUUAAGCGAGGACUCCAGGUUAAAUACAAGGCAACAUGCAGCCGGUUACCACCAAACAUCAUUUCAACUCGGCUGUGACAGUUGCUUUGGUUGCCCCGUAGACUUCCAUUGUACAUGCUUUACUGUAAAAAUGAUUUUUGUUGGUUUUUACAUAGUCCCUACUUGGGUCCGUUUCACAGAGAGUGGUAAUCAAAAACAUUUGCAGAUGCUGUUCAUUAAUGUGUAUUUAACCUGGACUAUUCCUUUAAAAACAAGUUGAUGGACAUUACUAACUAAACUUGCUGUCCCUUCUGUUAAAACAGUCAAAUUUGCUGAAAAUGUACUCACUCUCAGGCCAUCAGAGAUGUAGACGUGUUUGUUUAUUCAUGGAAACAGAAAUGUAGCAUUACAUCACUUGCUCACCAAAAGAUCCUCUGCAGUGAAUGGGUGCGAUCUGAAUGAGAGUCCAAACAGCUGAUAAAAACAUCACCGUAAUCCACACCACUCCAGUCCAUCAAUUAAUGUGUUUGUAGUCAAAAUCCACUGACAUAUCCGUUUAGAGCUGUUAUGGCUUGUAAACGUUUUUUUCAUCUGUGCAUAUUUCUCUCCUGAUUCAGACAAGACCUCAAUAUUAUGUAUUGUGGACUCGUAUUUUAGCUCGUUUUGAUAAAUUAGUUUCUUGCAAAAAAUUUUCACUUCAUGUGAUGUUAAUUGAAGGACUGGAGUGGUGUGGAUUACUGUGAUGUUUUUAUCAGCUGUUUGGCACCCAUUCACUCCACUGGUAAGCAAGUGAUGUAAUGCUACAUUUCUCCAAUUCUGUUCAGAUAAAGAAACAAACUCAUCUACAUCUUGAGUACAUUUUCAGCUAUUUGUUUUUUCUUUUCACUUUUGGCUGAACUAUUCCUUUAACAUGUAGCUUAUGAUACUCAUCUUUUCAUGGUCACUUUACUCAUUUUGGUCAUUUGUGUAAUAGUAACUAAUGCCUGGAGAUAUUUUGCGCAUAUAUAGUAGAUGUGCUUAAGCAAAAUAUACUGGUUAUUUCUGUACAGACACCCUCAUGAAAUCCCACUAGUGUUGUGUGCAAACAGCACAAGGUUUAAAUAGAUCUAUUAAAUGUUUUAAUCGUAGGCAAAUCCCCUUAGGUAAGGAGAAAACUAGGCAUCAAUCACCAGAUUCAUGGUUUCUGCAAUGUGAAGUGCCUGUUAAUGUGUCAGAUUAGCUACUGAAAUAGUAAGAAAGGACAUGUGAUCAAAUCCAUUGCCAUUGUUUAAAAGUUACAUGCAAGUAAUGGGGUGAAUUUCACAAAACCUGUCAAUAACAUGAAUAGGUCAUGCUUUCCUUUAAUAUCAAAGAAACAAAUAUAUAUUUUGCAUUCAUUACAAUCAAGCACAUUUUAGCCUCAUAUUGUCAUAUACCCUCUAAUGUAAAAAAAAAAAUCUAAAUCUCAAUGUGAAAUGCUACACAUGGUAGUAUUGCCUUUGUGGAUUUGUAUUAAAAUAAAUCAUAGUACAGUAAUGAAAAUUAUAACAGGGAAUAAGAAUUUCAACACAUUUGUAUGGAGCAUAAUGUGCUUAAUUGUUAUGAAAAUUACAAAGCUAAAAAAAAAAUUUUUCCGGUUAUGCAAAAUUAAAUUGAUUUUUGGAGUAAAAUGUGACCCACUUGCAUUUUUGUGAGAUUCACCCAAAGGCAUACCAUUAUUCUUGUUUUUUUUAUGGCUAUUGUGAAUUUUUGGCUUUAAAUGAGCCUAUAAAAAAUAUUUAUUGAAAUGUACAUUGUGGUCUUAAGACUGGUGCAUGGGUGUAGGUGUAUUUUCACCAUGUUUGGAGAGAUGGAUAUGUCUGUGGCAAAAAAUAAUGUUACUGAUAUUUAUAUUUUAAAGGAGGAUUGUAGUUGUCAUAAAAUGUAUAAAUUCGCUCCCAGUCCAUCGGUCCACUGCUUAUUAAUAUCUGGCUAUCUCAUUUGUUAGAACAAGUAUUUCUUAGCAUCUUAACUAAAGCAAACACUGUUACAUUAUAUGAAUAUUGGUUCAUCGGUGUACUUCAGCUAUAACACAAAUGUGGCUGUAUGUAAACGCUCCAUUAUUUGACAGAUUAUCCGCAUUAGUCGGUUUUAGGAACCAUCCUUUGGUUUGAAACAUUGAUCCUCAUUGCUAUGUAAUGUUGACUAACUGUACUUAGGUGAAACGCAUGUGUGAAGCCUUUCCUCGUCCCCUAUCGCAGGAGGAUCUGAAGUUGUGAAAGGCUUUGUCGUUAAUGUGAGUUUUGGAAGCCUCUCAAGAAGCACAGUUCACAUCCACGUUUGUUGUUGAUUUGAUGAUGGCUUUUUGUAUAACCAUUCAUAAUGUUAUGCUAUUAAAAACAAAGCUGAAAACACA